UUGUUUAUUUAUAUUGCGAGAAUAGGUAUUUUUAUUAUUGUGACCUAAAAGAGAGGGGUAUAUUAGUCAUAUUAAUCAACAAUUCACACAACUCAAAUUGCUAUUAAAUCUCACUAAUUCGCCGCCGCCGCCGCUGCUCUUCCGUCGUACAACAUCGCCGGCGACUUCUCCGAUGGCAUUGGUUGUUAUCUGUGGUCAACCAUGUAGCGGGAAAUCAACAGCUGCUGCUUGUUUAGCUGAAGCACUUAAACAAACGGAACCAGAACCAUCAGUUAGAACUAUCGAUGAAACUUCCUUUCAUCUUAGUCGCAACCAAAGCUACGCAAACAUGACUGAGGAAAAGAAUUUAAGAGGCGUAUUGAGGUCUGAAGUCGACAGAUCUUUGUCGAAGGACAGUAUAGUUAUAGUGGAUUCUCUUAAUAGCAUAAAGGGCUACAGAUAUGAGUUAUGGUGUUUGGCUAGAGCAGCAGGGAUUAGAUACUGUGUUGUCCAUUGUGACGUUGACGAGCAAUCUUGUAAAACAUGGAACAUAGAGCGUCGCGAGCGAGGAGAACCGAGUUAUGAUGAUACUAUAUUCGAAGAUCUCGUAAGAAGGUUUGAAAGGCCAGAUAGCAAAAACAGAUGGGAUUCUCCGUUGAUCGAGUUAUGGCCAGCUAAAGAAGGACUCGAUAAAUCAUCUGCAGCUAUGGUUGAUGCUGUUACCUAUCUAACGAAAAAAGUAGACUCGAAAACGAGGGACGUUAAGAUUCUACAGCCAACCAUCGCGACGCAAACUGCACGUGGUUCUGAGGCGAAUUCUUUAUAUGAGAUGGACAGGGCGACUCAAGAAAUUACGAAUGCUAUUGUGGAAGCUCAGUCCCGCGCUCUUGGUGGUCCUCUCAACGGUGUAUCUCUUGGUCCCGGAAUACCAACUAUAGAUAUUUCGAGAUCUGUUAGCUUGCCGGAGCUGCGUAGACUACGACGAACUUUCAUCAAACUUGCUGGACAGACAAGUUUGAGUGGACCACCCCCUCCUUCAGAUGCUGAUAGUGCAAAAAGGAUGUUUGUUGAUUACUUAAACAGAGAACUGGGAAGUGGUUGAAGCAUUAUGGUACAAUGAAGGUACUAUGAGUCCUAUGUUGCUCGGACUCUCCAAAAAUCCUUCCGCACCCGUGUCGGAUUCUCCAAAAAUGUACUGCUUUUGAAGAAUCCGACACGCAUCCACCAACAUUUUUGAAGAGUCGGAGCAACAUAAACUAUGACCUCAACUAUUAAGGAAGGGUAAAAUGAUAGUUCAGAUGUAAUUUUACCUUUUUGCCCCUUUUAUACCUACUCGUCGAGGUUAGUUUUGAGGGGUAUAAGUGGGCUACUUGAAUAACGUCGAGGGCAUUUUGGUACCAAAUUUUGCUGAUCUGCAAGCAGGAUAGAUCAAUCUAGAUUUGAGUACUGUAAAAGUAUAUGCAUUUAUAAUAUGAAGAAUGCUUAUGGUGUAUGAUUUAACAUGUUAUACCAUUUUUCCAUAUUCUUUAAGCUUACCAUUAA